GAUGACUUGGACAUUCUAUGUCUAACAGGACGGACUGAACGAUGGAUGAAGACCUGCGCGAGCUGCUCGAUGACGUAGAAAAAAGGUUUUGUAGUGCCGACACCGGCGGGAGUACGUCCGCGCGGGAACGCUCGUGCGGAAACGGAAAGCGCGGGAAAGAGAAGGCCGCGGACAGGAAAUUGAGUGCCACAAAACCUGGGCAGUCCUUAAGCAGUGACACUGAUGACAUCGAUGGUUUUCUGGAAGAAUUAUUGAAGGAAGACGACAGUCAGUCAAAGUUAGACGAGAUGAAACGUCUGCGGGUCCAGAAGACGUCUGCAGCCAGAAGGUGCUGUCCUGUUUUUCUGGGUGGGAGCUCCGUCACAAAGGGCGUCGGAACAGCUUCUACAAAAAGGUCAUGUGACCAGUUGCGGUGCACGUCCUGCGACUUCCGGGUGCUGAUGUUCGAUGAGCUUGAGUGGGACCCGUCCUGUGAUUACCUGUUCUUCAGGAACAACAUGCCGGACCCUCAGAAGCUCGGCGCCAGGCUGAAGAGGCGGUCCGGUUCACGCGCAUACGCCUGCCAGUGCAGCUGGUUCUCCAGCAGAGAGCUGACCGACCUCAGGGACCAACCACACCUCCGAUGGUUCUGUGGCAAACAUCAGGACUGAGGCUUCAAACCAUUUCUGCUACUCAACUUCAUGUGAUCUUUGUGGACCAAAACAC